AUGGAACUCGCAUUAAAAACAUUAGGUGCCGGUUAUCAUUUUUUUUCCAAACUCGAUUUAAAAUCUGGAUUUUGGCAAUUUCCUAUAAAUGCCAAAGAUCGUUUUAAGGCCGCAUUUAUCACGCCUUUUGGAUUAUACGAGUGGAACGUUCUUCCUCAAGGUCUUCGUAAUGCUCCUCUGAGUUUUCAACGUAUUAUGAACAAAGUAUUAUCGUCUUGCAUUGAUUUCUCCUUGGUUUAUUUAGAUGACAUCAUCAUUUUUUCUCGCACUUAUCGCGAACAUUUACUUCAUCUUGAAAAGGUUUUAAAUGGCUUAAAAUUACAUAAUUUAACAUUAAAUUCAAUGAAAUGUCAAAUAGCCCAGCAAACAAUUGCAUAUCUAGGACAUGUUAUUAGUUCAAAAACAAUAACUCCUUUACCUGAAAAAAUUAAAUCUAUCGUUCUACUUCCUGAACCUAAAUCUCUAGCACAAGCAAAUCGAUUUAUUGGAGGACUUUCAUGGUAUAGAAAGUUUAUUCCACAAUUUGCCAGUAUUGCAGCAUCUAUCCAUGCAGUAACUAAUCUUUCAAAAUCACAGCGAUACAAAUUUAAAUGGGGUGAUGAUCAAUCUAAAUCUUUUUAUGAUUUAAAAAAUGUCUUAACUUCCCGACCAUUAAUGUUAGAUUUUCCUGAUGAUACACAACCGAUUUUAUUAUCCACUAAUGAUUCUAAAGCGGGAUUAGGUGGAAUUCUUUACCAAGAAAUUAAUGAUGUUAUACCUUAUAAUACAAGUCGACAAAAACGUCCUGAUUUUCUUCAUCCUGUUCGUCCUUCUGAUGGUGCUAAUGAAUUACUAGGGAUCGACUUUUGUGGUCCAUUUACUCCAACGUUUACUGAUAAUAGAGAAGUUUUAUGUUUAAACAAUUAUUAUACGAACUUUGUCACGGCUAUACCCUUACCGACAUGUUUAGCUCAAGUUACAGCCGAAGCUAUUUUUAAAGAACAUAUAUGUCGUUUUGGUGUACCUAAAGCAACCAUUUCCGAUCAAGGCAACGCAUUAAACAACAUGCUCAAUCAAAAAAUUCGAUAUGAUCGUCGUCGUCCUGAUCCACAAUAUGAUUUAGCUACAGUGGUACUCACUAGAAUAUUUACAAAUAGAUCCAAAUUAGAUCCACAAUUUUCAUUAGAUCCAAAAAUUAUUGUUAAUCGUCAACAUCCUAUCUACCCAGGAGAGUCAUUCGGACAGUAG